CUGAGGUGGAAAAGUGUGUGUUCGGAGAGAGAGGAGGACUAAGCAAGAAAGAUUGAUGCUGAGGCAAGCUGGCAACGCACACACUAGUUACACAAGUACACACUGAUCACACUCCCAAGCUGCUUAACCGGCAGGAAAAACACUGAGUCUGACUGAGUCCGCAGCCAGUUACCGCAGGACAGGACAGAGAGGCGGGACGGAGGACGACAGGACAGCACUUAGUUGCUCGCAGCGUGUCUUAGCUGCGACACCUCCACUGCUGUCAUCUCAUCGGUGACAGUACUUCUUAAAAAGCAGGCAUCAAGGGCAGGGGCAAGGGUAACUUCUCCUGGAGGCUGCUGUGGAUGUCCUCACUACGUCCUCAUGAAGACAGGCGGAAAUCAAGUCUGGAGUACAAGAUGUCAAGGCGGGCAGGAGGGGAAUCUUCCCCGAAAAAGAACACAUCUCUCAACCUGGUGACGGGCUUCUAUCACUACCUUCGGGAUGAACAGGAAGCAGUGCAGAAAAGGACAUUCACCAAAUGGAUCAAUUCCCACUUGGCAAAGCAUGAGCCUCCUCUGGUGGUUUCGGACCUGUUCGAGGACAUCAAGGACGGCGUGAAGCUUCUCGCCCUGCUGGAGGUUCUCUCCGGACAAAAACUGCCAUGCGAGCAGGGCAAGAAGCUAAAGAGGAUCCACUGGGUUGCAAACAUCGGCACAGCUCUAAAGUUCCUUGAGGGUAGGAAGUCGGCCUCCAGGGGAUCUCCGAUCAAGCUGGUCAACAUCAACUCCACUGACAUUGUUGACGGGCGGCCAUCGAUUGUGCUGGGGCUGGUGUGGACCAUCAUCCUCUACUUUCAGAUUGAGGAGUUAACCAGCUGUCUACCGGCAAUCCAGGCAUUGACCGCCAGCGGCUCUUCCCUUGACAGCUCUAACAGCAGCACAGAGACGACCAGCCCACCUGUCAAGAAGAAGCCCCUCACGCCUCUUCAGGGAGGUGCACGCAAAGCCCUGCUCAGAUGGGUCCAGCAGACUGCCACAAAACAUUUUGGAAUUGAGGUAAAAGAUUUCGGUCCCAGUUGGCGGACAGGUUUAGCAUUCUUCGCUGUAAUCCAUGCCCUCCGGCCCGGCCUUGUUGACAUGGAGCACAUGUGGAGAAGACCCAACCGAGAAAAUCUGCAGGAAGCAUUUUCAUUAGCUGAGACGCAGUUGGGCAUUCCUCAGCUUCUUGACCCAGAGGAUGUUGAUGUGGACAAGCCAGAUGAGAAAUCAAUAAUGACGUACGUAGCCCAGUUCCUGAAGCAUCAUCCUCAGCGAGCGCACUCGGAAGGACAGCCAGUAAAAGAGCAUGACCUCGCUCCUCGUGAAAUAGAAGAAAUGUUGGAGAGAGAGCUGCGAAAGAGCCUGAGGGAGCUUAAAAUGUGGCUCGACCAGCUGGAGAGAGACGCAGCCCAGGCUCAAGAGACCGAGGGCAAUCUGGCUCUGCAGUACCAGCUGUUCAAGAGUGUUCGUGUCCAGUUGGAAAUGAGAAGGAAACAAGUGGAGGGAGCUUUGCAGUCUGCCCAGAAGGACGGGAUGCUUACUGUGGACCAGGCAUUGGUUAAACAAGCAUGGGAAAGGGUGUCCAACAGGCUCUUGGACUGGCACCUGCAACUAGACCAGUCUCUACCUGAGCCAUUAAACAUGGUGGGGACCUGGCUGCACCAGGCAGAAGGGGCACUACGGCAAGACAUCACCGGCCAGGAGACUCCUGACAAGACAUCCAGCAUUGUUCACCGGGCUUUGGAGCAACACAAGGAUGUGCUUAAGAGCCUUGAGAGUCACCAGCAAGUGUUUCGGAGGAUCCACAAAGACAGAAGUGUUGAUGGUGUCCCUCUUUCCUCGGAACAACUGCAAGACAUGGCAGAGAGGAUGAACUUUGUUUCGACUUCCUCCAGCAUCCACUUGGCUAAGAUGGACUUUCUAGAAAAGAAACACCAAAUGCAGGAGUUUCUCUCGAGAGCAGAGUCCAAACUCAAGUCCUGGAUCAUCAAAUAUGGUCCAGUAGAGUCUGUCGAACUGACACUGCUCAACUACGUUGUAUUUGUCGAGAAGCAACAGUUUUUUGAGAAUUAUGAGGCUUUGUUCCAGUCCUUGAAGAGUGCGGCCGAAGCCUUAAUGAGUGCAGAUAGUUCAGUGGAGGAAGGAGAGAUGGGAGUUCGCAGGUUCAUGCGUGAGGUGGUGACUCAGUGGAGGAGUCUGUCCAUGGAAGUUCGCAGUGUGAGGAGUAUGCUGGAGGAGGUGCUUUCUAACUGGGAGAGGUACAACUCCACCGUGGCGUCCUUGCAGGCCUGGCUGGAGGAUGCAGAGGAAGCGCUCAGCCAGCCUGAAAACACAAAGCGGGAGUUUUUCAGGGAUCUCAGCCAGUGGGUAGAUCUUCACACAACUAUGAACGAUGCAGGGAACUUCCUCAUCGAAACAUGCGACGAAACCGUCUCUUUAGAUCUGAAGCAACAGCUGCUUAUUCUCAACGGACGGUGGCGGGACCUCUUCCUUAAAGUCAAACAUUAUGUCCGUGCAGAUGAGUUGGAAAAGUGUAGAAAAGAUCAUCUGAAAGCUGUGACGGCUUUAAAAGAACUUCUGGAUGCAGCUGAGUUGAAACUCACCACCCCAGUAGUCGUGUCUUUUUUAAACGUGAGAGUCUUUCUGCAGGAUGUGGAGAAUAUCAAGCAAAAGGUCGUUACCAUGGAAACCCAAUACAAGUUGGCAGGCCGCAGCGCUCAGGUUCUUGCCAAAGACUCACCGCAGGAUGAGGCUGCCAGGGUCAUUGCAACUAUGACAGCGGCUAAAAGUCAGUUGAGUAAGGUGCGAGAACGCUGUCCCUCCUUUAUCAGGGAAUGUCAUGUCCUUCUGCCGCUGUUAGAGGAGAUGGAGAAACACAUCACUGCUUUUUAUCAAGCCCUGGAGCGCGCCUGUCGCAUAACCUCUGUGGCCAAAGACCAGGGUGUACCUGACCAGGAGCAGCCGACGGACAAGUGGCAGGAAUUAUUAAAUCAGCAACAAAGCUGUAAGAGAUGCCUGUCAAUUAUCGAGAGGAAUUAUCACUCCCUGCAAAGAGCGCUGACCACCAGUAAAGUCCUCCGAAACUUUGACUUGAACCUGCUUCAGAAAAGAGUCUCUGAAAUCCAGUGUUCGGCUCAGGCCCUGAUGAAGGAAGUUGGCGAGUGGCGAAGGCAGGAGGAAGCCAAUAACAACCUCAGAAGAAGGUUUGAAGAGUCCAGACAGGAUCUGGAGAGAGUCCUUAAAAAAGCUCACGCCUGCAUGAAAGAGACCGGAGAGGCUGAGGAAUUAUUGAAGAAGCACACAGACUUCUUUAGCCAACUGGAUCAACGUGUCCUGAGUGUGUUCUUGAAGGCAUGUGAUGAGCUGACUGACAUCCUGCCAGAAGAAGAGCAGCAGGGCCUCCAAGAAACAGUCCGUCGGCUGCACAAAAACUGGAAGGAUAUCCAGAGCGAAGUUCCAUCUCAUCUGCUGCGUCUGAAGGUGAACGUGGAGCAGAGUCGAGUUGAUUUGAUCCUAUACGACUGCAGAGCUGAGCUGGACAGAGAAUUGAAAGUUCUGUCCAACGUCUCCACCAGUGAACAUGUGAUCAAAGAGCACAGAGCUUUUUUCAGGGAGCGUAAACCAAUAACUUUGUGUGAGAAGAGGAUUCGGAAUAUGGAGGAUCUUUGUUAUAAACUACCCGAUAACGACCUGGCUUAUCGAGCUCUCGACUCCACCAGGAAGGUUGUCGAUGAAGUUGCCGAGCAGAUCAAGGACACUCACCUUAAACUGGAACAGCGUACUGAUAAGUGGAGGGAGUGGAAUGAGAGAUUUUGUGAGCUCUCUGACUGGCUCUCAUCUCAAAGAAGAAAUGUGAUUCACCUGCGAGAGUCAGCAAGCAGUAAAGAGGAAGUAGAUGCAGCUAUUCAGACACUACGAGAAGCCGGAGACAUUCGUGAGAAGAGCCUGCUGUGGCUAAGGAGCCGUCUCACCAAUCUAGCUGAUGUUAGCUCUGAAUUAGAAAUCCAGAGGCAGAAAUCUGCUUUGGACAAACUAUCAGCUGAUUUGAAAGCGCUGUUGUCUUCCCUCUGUCAGGAUCUAAGUAUGUCACAGGGAGAAGACCUUGGGGAGAAAGUUCGCUGUGGUUUGGAUGAUGUGCUUGAAGCUCAGAAGAAGUCUGAGGAGCAGAUCAGCAAAAUCCUGGAUGCUGCCGAUCCAGAGGAGGCUGAAGAACUUCUCCUUGUUCAUCAGAAAUACCUCACACACUUGGACACGAUCAGGAGGGAGGUGGAAUUGUUGGUGUUGUGCUGUUGCCAGCAGAAGAAAGACCCAGAACUGGAGCAGACACUGCUGGAGAUUCAGGAAGCUCUCACUGAGAUUGACAGCAAAUCAGUGGCGAAGGAGCACAACCUUCAGGCCACGCUGAACUCUUGGAAAAACUUUGACGUUGACAGAGAAACCAUUUGGAGAUUCAUCAAAGACACCAACUCUGAAUUGCAAAAAGAACUUAUUUUCAACAGCUUUGAUAGCCUGAGAACUGAACUGGAGAGCAGUAAGGAGCUGAUCAUAAAAGUUGAAGACUGUUCUGUAAGAGCAGAGCUCCUCCUCGAUGAGGCAUCACGCAUCAUUCUAGGGUUCAAGAAUGAAACACUUCUUCUGCAGCAGGCGCAGGCAGCAAGGAACGCAGCGGCUCAGCUGCAUGAACACCUCCACAAGAAUGUCGUGCAGUUGGAAAUGAUGUGUCUUUGCUGGGAACACUUUAGCUCCGAAUCUGCUGCUUUCUCCUUGUGGAUGACCCAAAAAGAAGCUGAGUUAAAAGUCAUCAACCCCAUCUCCUCUUUGGACCCUCUAGAUCAGCACAUCUGUACGUUAGAGGCAGUGGUCGAAGGCUUAGAGGAACGACGCAGAGAUUUGUGCCACAUGGAGGAAGACUGUGAGACCCUGUCCAAGUUUUUGACGCCCAGAGAGGCUGGACAUCUUCUCUCACAGCUGAACCAGAUGCGGUGCGACUGGGUAGAGUUGAAAGAAAGGGUAGAAGAAGUUGGUGGUCAACUAAGCCAGAGCGCCUCCUGUCGACAGAUCUAUAAUAAUAACCUUCAGCAGGUCAAAAGCACGAUGAGUGACCUGACGGAGAAACUGGAUUGCGAGAUCUCGUUAUGCUCGUCUUCAUGUGAGACUUACAAGACCUUGCAGAAUCACAUGGAAAUCUACCGCACCGUAGAGCAACUGAAGCCCACACUUCUGACUUUAAGUUCCACCAUGAAAGAGGACAGCCAUCUGGAGAAAGAGGUGGCCAUUCUGCAGGAACAUCAGGAGGAAUGUAUGCGAAAGGCGACUGAGAAAAGGUUUACAUUGGAGAGUCUUCUGGCACUCUGGCAAAGAUUUGAAAAGGAGGUCUCCUCUAUGAAACUCUGGCUGGACAGAGGCGAAUCUGUUUGCUGUCCUGCCUGUGACCUCCUAUCUGUGGACAAGGUGAAGCUGAAUGGUGAAGUGCAAAUUGUGCAGGAAAUGCAAAAGGAGGUGACAUCUUACGAGGCUCUUCUUCAGGGUCUUCUGAAUCUUGGGUUGUGUCUCUUCCCAUCUGCGGCUGAAGAACGAGUGCAAGAACUCAGCGAGAUCCUUGGGCAGCUGCAGUUGCGAUUCGUGUCCGUAACAAACGGGUUAUCGCAAAGACUUAAUAAGCUGAAUUUUCAGCUGUCACACCUGGAGAUGUUCAAUCAGACACUCAUCACGUUGACUCAUACGUGUGAAGACUUCCUGUCUGAGAUGAGAAGCACUUUCCAAGUUAAUAUAGCUGAUUUCGCUGUUGCACUUACCAAGCUGAAGGAGCACGAGUCAAAGCUUCAAGCUCAUGCAGCGCUGAGGGAAUCACUCCAGGAGAGAGAGGCUUUACUGCUUCAGUGCUCAACUGCAGAAGCCCAGCAGCAGCUCUGUGCCUGGAGGGAGGAUUGUUUACAACCUUUAAACGAAUCUCAGCGUCUCCUGCUCCUGCGUAAAGAGUGUGUGAGUGAGUUAAGGACAUUUUUGGAGAAGGAGCGACAGGCUUCUGAGUCAGUUCGCUGGCUGCAAGAGGCCUUGGAAGUAAGAGGCAGCUGGGAUCGAUCCAAAGCAGAAGAACUGCGUAAUGGACUUGUUACCAUUUCAAAAGACGUGGCCAUGCUUGAAGCAGAGGCUGUCGGGAUGGAUGGGCGGCUCAGCAAGGCUCAUCUUCAAUUGUGUGGAUCUAAAAAUGAGAGCAACACCUCAUGUAGGGGACUUGCAGUGGCCCUCCUGGUGACUUUGGAAGAGCUGCAAAAACGCAUUGGUUGGAGGCAGAGUGAAGCAGAUGCUCUGGGAGCGUUGUGGAACUCCUUCAGGAGCAAGAAAGAGGAGAUGAUGGGUAAUCUGAGGAAACUGCAGGAUGAAAACAAUCAAGCAAUUGUCAAAGAAACAUCCGUUCCGGCUUUUCAAAACAGAUUACGCUUCUUCGUCCAGUUGGAGGAUGAACUGCAGGCUUUGCUGCCCUCCCAGCAGUGGUUACAGGAGAAGGGCAGUGAGCUAGCUCAGAGAGACAGUGAACUGGCUGGGGAAGCUCUCAGAGAGGUAGCUCUGGUGAACGCUGAAUGGGAGAACAUUAAGGUUCUAAUCCUCAGCAGGCAAGAGCAAAGCAGAGCUGUUAUUGAUCUCCUCCGCAAGGUCCACCCACUGAUGUCAGUCCUCAGUGGCAUUGUAGAGGAAGCGUAUGCUGUCACCAACAACCUGUUGGAUCAUAAUCAUGAUGCUGAAGAGGCCAAACGGUUGUUCAACCGUCAUCAGAUGCUGCUAUUGGAGCAGAGAGAGAAGCAGGAGGACAUGGAGCAGCUGAUCAGAGCUGGAGAGGCCCUCCACAGAGAGCUGGAGAAGAUUCCCAACUGUGAUACAAGCUCCAUCCAAAAGGACAUGGAAUCGUUGAAGGAGCAGUGGUUGGAGAUCUCGGAAAAACUACUGACCAACAAGGAGAGGCUGGGCUACUGUGUGUGUUUAUGGGACGACCUCCAGGUUACAGAGCAGGAUAUCAACCAAUGGACCGCCACUGCCAUCGCUGAUCUCACCGAGAAAGUCACCAAUCUCAGCGACAUGGAGAAGAUACAGGCUCGUCUGGCCGCCUUCCAGGGAGAGGCAGAAAGGAAGGAGAGAGUGAUGGAUGCUCUACAGGAGAGAGUGUUGAUGUUAAAGGAGCAAGCCAAACUGUCUGAGACCCCUUUGCAAAUGCAGGUCUUGGAGUCUGACAUGAUGAGAAAAAUGGCCCAUGCACAGGAAGUGUACAACCAGGCCAAACAUACUCUGACCUACUUCAGUUUCCAAAAACAGCAGCUGGAAGACCUCGUGUCUCUCAUGGCCAAGCGACUUGAGGAAGUUGAGGGUUCCUUGUCCAAACUCAGUGGUGCUACUUUGCCUGAAGACAUUGUUGCAGUGAAGGAUCUUCAAUCUGUGGUCCAGCACCAAAGAGCAGACAUGGACUCGGCUCGAGAAGUUCUGAACUCCCUCUGUAGAUCCCAUCCCUCUGAAGAAUUGUCUCACCUCUCUUCUAACCUUACAUCCAUCGCCAAACGUACAGAGGCUGUUGCUCAGUGCUGCACCAAGAUGAGGGGAAAUCUGCAGGAUGGGCUGAAGCUUCAUUUCAACGGCCUUGUUCAAGAUUUCCACUCUUGGAUGGAGAAUCUGACAUUACAACUGAAAGAAUGUUCCAGUCAAUCUGGAGACGUUACUGUACUUAAGGCAAAGUUGCAAAGAUUGGAGCUACAGGUGUCAACCGAGCGGAUAUCUGAGGCUGAGGCGCGUCUCUCUCUACUGUGUGAGGAAGCCGAGAGGCUACAAUCCCAUCUCUCAAAAGCUGAAGCAACACAGAUUCAAGAGAAGCUUUGUUCCUGUCAGCAAGCGUGGAAAGACUUUUUGAGUGACUGUUCCCAAAGACAGCAAGACUUAGAAGAAGCUGUUGCAUUUCUGAAGAGUUCUGUUACAGUCAUAGACGAAUUAAGAGAGUGGCUUAAACAAAAGGAACUUGAUCUCAAGCGGGAGCCAGAUCUGGGCGAAGAUGAUGAGCGAUCGUCUGAUGUUGCAGAAGAGCUGGAGAGAGUAGACAACCUUUAUAAGGAGUUGAUAUCGAGACGUGGCUCCAUUGAGCGGGUCAGCCAGGAGGCUCAGUCUCUGGCAGAAGCAGGACGAGGGACAGGUGAUGAGGUCAGAGUAACUGGCCAGCUUCAAAUGGAACACCAGACUUUGCUGAAGGCAGCCAGGGAGAAGCUCAGAGCCUGUCAGGAGUGCCAGGCUUUUGGGGAGACGCUACAAGGGGUGUGGGCCUGGCUCGAGGAGAUCCAGGAGCGAUUGGGCACGGUGGACAGUACCAUGGGGACUAAAGAGGAGUUGGAGCAGAGGCUGGAAACCGUACAGGAUAUCCUCCUUUUGAAGGGAGAAGGGGAGGUCAAACUGAACAUGGCCAUGGGUAAGGGCGAGCUGGCGCUGCGCAGCUACGGAGCCGCGGGGAAGGAAGUGGUCCGCUCCCAGCUGCAGGAGGUCGCAGACGCCUGGGCGACACUGCUGGUCACUGCCAUGAGUUGUCACAGUCGUCUAGAGUGGACCGUCUCACAGUGGGGUGGUUACCUUGACAGUGCAGCCCAGAUGAGUGCCUGGAUGGAGGCUGUAGAGAGGGAGGUUCGUGCUCCGCUCACCCCUCAGCCAGGGCCCAGAGAGAAGGCGGCCCAGUUGGAGAAGCUUAGAGCCUUGCUGGCUGACCUCGAAGAUCACCAAGUGGGACUCACCAGUCUUGAAGAGAAAGCUAGAGAACUCUUCAAGAAAACAGGAGAUUCUGGCUUCAACCACGGGGCUCGCACUCAGCUGCAAGUGCAGUUUGAUGAGCUCACUGCUUUAGUGGAGGAGAGAGUCCACCUGGCUCAGACUGUCGUGCUGGAGCACCAGGAUUACUUGGAAGCAAUCCGGGAGCUCACUGAUUGGCUGAUGGCUGCUGGGGAGGAGCUGCAGCACUGGUCUGAUACAUCUGGGGACUCUGGAUGCAUCCAGAAGAAGUUGUCAGAAGUGAGGGAGCGUGUGGAGUGCCGGCUACUGGAAGGCAGAGAGCGCCUCAGUCGGGUCCGACGGAGUGCAGCGUCCACUGCCGAGCACACUGCAGCAGGCGGCUGUGAGGCCAUGGACCGUCAGCUGGGGGCACUGUCUCAGGCUCUUGAGCAAUGGGAGGGAGCAGCCUUAAGGGCCAGAGAUGGACUGGAGGGAGCACUUGCUGCUGCUGCAGCCUCAGAAGAGGAAUAUGACAAACUAACCGCCCGCUUGGACGAGGAAUUAAAAGAGCUGGACGUACGUCUGCGGGGGUGGAGCCAGGAGCUGAUUAAAGCAGAAGGACUCACCAAUGGAGAGGAGGCAGUUGCAGGAUGGCAGCUGGCUAAGGAUAUACUGGAGGGCUUGCAGAGUGUGGAGCCCAUGGCUGAGAAGUUGAAAGGUCAGCUGAACGAUCUGGUGCGGUACUCCAGGGAUUUGAGCUCACAAUCAGACCGGGUCACUGCACUCAUCAAGCAACACAACAGUCUCAGUCUCCGUUCAUCCAGGGAAUGUCAGAACAAGGAGCGUUUGUUGGAGCAGAGGUUCCGUGCUGCUCUCAGGGACUUCCAGCAGUGGUUGGUAAACGCCAAAAUCAGCACCGCCAAGUGCUUUGAUGUGCCGCAGAGUGUCGCAGAGGUCUCCGUUGCUCUUCAGAGAAUACAAGAGUUCUUGAGUGACAGGGAGCAUGGCCAGGCCAGACUGAGUACAGUAGGGGCCAGCGGGGAGCUGCUGAUGGCCGUGGUGUCCAAAGACAGAGUGGAGGGAAUUGAGGCAAAGGUGGCGAACACCAGAGAAGACUGGAAGAGUCUGAUGAAUAACCUACAGCUCAGGGAAGAUGCUCUCAAGAACCUCCAGUCUCAGAUGACGGAGUUUGAAGAAAGCGCCGAACCCCUGCAGGAAUGGCUGAACUGCACGGAGAUGCGAGUUCAGGAGAGCAGCACUCGGCUGCACGACCUUGCAGCCAAGAAGCAGGAGUUUGGCAAGCUGCAGUGUAUACUGGAGGAGAUGGCUGGUCGGGAGGCAGAACUGGGAAAGCUCAGAGAACGAGCCCAUCGCCUGUGGGAAGGACAGGCGGCUGGCAAAGGCUUUGUCCACCGAGUAUCCCAACUGUCAGCCCAGUACCUAGCACUCAGCAACUUAACCAAGGACAAAGCCUCACGGAUUGAACGCGUAGCAGGAGAACACCGGCUCUUCUCAUGGGGGCUGAAAGAGCUUCAAGACUGGGUGUGUGAAGCUCAGAAGGUCAUUGGCACCUGCGUCUCCGCCACCAACAAUAAAAGUGUGCUGGAGGAGAGAAUGUCACAGCUUGAGGCUCUGCUGGGUGCCCGUCUGGAGCGCGAGAUCCAGCUUAAAAUGUUGCUGACACGAGGGGAGGCAGUUCAGAGGAAUACUUCGGCAGAGGGAGUCCCUGUGAUCCGAAAACAAAUUCAGGACCUCAAGGACUCCUGGGACUCUCUUCUCUCCUCAUCCAUCCAGUGUAAAAGCCAGCUGGAAGGUGCUCUGUCGCAGUGGACCAGCUAUCAGGAGGAUGUCAGUCAGUUUGUGCUUUGGAUGGACCGAGUUGAUGAAACGCUCAGCUGCGCUGACAGGCAGUACUCUGAGAUGCGGGACAAGACUGCUAACCUGGGAAAGACCAAGCUUCUCUACGAGGAAGUGUUAAGUCACAGCAGUCCCCUGGAGACCAUCGGUACAAAGGGUUCCAAUAUGGCGGAGCCCUGCACAACCCAGCAUGAGGUCCAACAGCUGCAGUGUCAAUACAACAGCAUCAAAGAAAAAGCCAAGAAUGCAGUGAGCAAAGCAAAAGGAUUGGUGCAGGUCCAUCAAGAGUAUCAGAGGGCACUUCAUGUGUUCGAGGAUUGGCUGGAGCAGGAGCAGACAACUCUGGCAUCGUUGUCUCAUCCAGAGUGGAACGCUGAUAACCUGGAGGAAACUCUGAUCCAGCUACAAAACCUGCGGGACAGUUGCUCCAAUGGCCAGUCUUUGCUUUCAUCAGUGCUGACGAGCAGAGAGCGAGUCAUUCCGUGGGGCGUGCCUCAGAUUGAGGACAGAGCUCUUGACACAGCGCAGCGGGAAUGGGGAACCUACCAGAGCCACUUGGAAGAAACUCAGGCCACAUUGAGCUCCACACUGACGAGACUAAAGGAAAUGAGCCAAAGGUUCAUCAGUCUGACCAAGUGGCUGGAGGAGAUGGAGAAGGUCGCUGACCUGAGGCCACACCGGCGGUCGGACAGAACCACCAAGGAAACUCAGAUGAAGAAACUUAAGGGUUGUCUUCAGACGGUGCUCGCUCGACAGGGUGAAGUGGACGGCCUGUCAUCUCUAGCUCAGCAGGUUUUGGAGGAAACCUACCUCAGUAGUCGUGUGAGUGUGACUGCUACACAGCUGACUGCACGGUACCAUUCCCUGCUCCUCAACCUACAGGAGAGCAUCAAGCAGCUGCAGGAGGAGCUAAGGAGGAUUGAGGAGGCUGAGAAUCUCUGCUUGACCUUCAGCGACUGGCUCACCUCCACUCAGAAAAGCUUCAAUGUUUUAAAUGACUCGGCUGAACCUCUGGACAGACCGGCGAUGGAUAAAAAGCUGAAGAAGCUAGAGGCACUGCAGUCGGAUCUCCAGCACGGUCACAGCUUCCUGAAGUCAUUGAGGGAGCACGCAGAGAGAGCAGCAGGUUUCCUGGACGAGGCUGGGGCAGAGAAUUUAGGACAGGAAGUGGAGGCUCGUCUCUCUCAGCUGGAGGAGUACAGCAGCAGGUUACGGCAGCAGCAGAGCUUCCUGGAGCGAUCGUUGCUUCAAGCCAAGGAGUUCCACGACCGCCAUAAGGCUCAAGCUCACUGGUUGGUGGAGACCAGGGUGAUCCUCAGUGCCCCUGUGGAGCCCAAAGCAGAACUGUAUCAACGGAGGGCACAGCUUGCCAAAUACAAGGUUCUGUUGCAGAUGGUUCAGUCACAUGACGUGUCCAUCAAGUCAGUGGUGGAAAAGGGAGAAACUCUGCUGGGAUCUGUCCAUUAUCCCUCCAUCAGAGACAAGAUGAACCGGUUGCAAAAGGACUACAAUGAGCUGUGUAACAUGGCAACGGUCCUCGCGCAGAAUCUUGAAGGGCAGGUGAAGGAACAGGAAGCCUAUCAUAAUGAGCUUCAGGAAGUGGAGCGCUGGCUGCUGCAGAUGUCCAGCAGGAUAGUGACCCCUGACCCCUCAGUGAGCAGAACUCUGGACGCAGCUACACAGCAGCUAGCGAGACACAAGGCCAUCAUGGAGGAAAUAGCAGGUUUCGAGGAUCGCUUGGCAAGCCUGAAGGAACGAGGCGACCACCUGGUGCAAAGCUGUGGAGAACGUGCGCAGAACAGGCUCAGACAGCAGGUCCAGGCUCACCAGCAAGGCACCAGAGACAGCUACUCUGCCAUCUGUAGCACAGCUCAGAGGGUUUACCAAAGUCUGGAUCAUGAGUUACAGAGACACAUGAGCCUUCAGGACACCCUGCUGCAGUGCCAGACGUGGCUGGCUUCUGCCUCAGCAGAGCCCAAGCCUCCUGGGGCGACUCCUCUCAACUUAGAGGAGGCACUUCUGCAGGUGAAGAAAGAGCGAGCGCUGCAGGAGCAAGCCAGUACGUACCUCCAUCUGGUCUGCUCCUCCUGUGACCUUUCAGUCUCGAACGUCAGAGAGACUGCAGCAGCUAUACAGCAAAUCAAACUCCAAAUCGAGGAGCACAUGCUGCUUUGUGAGGAGGUUGCAGACAGCUGGAGAGAUGUUGAGGAGCAGAAGGCAGAUCUGGAAAUCCAGCUGAGAGAGACGGAGCAGCAACUUCAGAUCCUCAUCAGGAGCCCUGCAGAGUUGGAGCCCAGGAUUGCACAGAGCCAGCUGGACAAGGCGCAGGAGUUCCUACAGCACAUAAGGGAGAAGCAGUCGGAAGUGUCUCGUCUCAUUGAGAUCAUCAUUAGACUCACAGACGACGGAGAAUCUACAAUUCUGGAGCAAACAAGAAGACUGAAGAAAACCUGGAUUGAGAUGGCUCAACGUGCUGAUGAGCUGGAGGCCCUGCGGGGAGAAGACAUGCAGAGGAGUGGAGAGUAUCAGGACAGCGUCAUCGCUGUGGAGGAACUUUUCAAUCAGAUAUCAAGAGAAUGGGAUUACCUUGCCAGGGCGGACACUGAAAGUACAAUGGAGCAUUUACAAGCACUGAGGAAGCUCUCAAGCGACCUCAUGGAACAAAGAGGAACUUUCGAAGAUCUCCGGGAACAGAGACAAGCUAUUCUGCCACGGCUCAGCCUUCUAGACAAAGAGCUGGUCAAGCAACAGGUGGGACAUCUGGAGCAUCGCUGGACCCAGCUUGAAUCUCUUAUUCAGCAGAAGAUUCAGGAGUCUGCCCAAGCACUGGAGGACCUGGCCAGAGUUGAAACUCAGCUGAGGGACGCCCGUGAGUGGGUGGAGGAGCAGAGGCCUGCAAUUACGUCUGCACUGAAAACCAGCCCGCCACCUGACUUGGCUCAGAGCUUCCUGUUCGAUCACCUGAGUGUGUGUGUAGAGCUGGAGGCCCGUCAGCAGCUCUUAGGUCAAGCAGUCAGCGAAGCACAAGCUGUGGCUUCCAAGUUGGGGCUGAGUGAGAGGAGGGGUCUCCAGGUCCUGGUGGACCGGGCACAGGCUGAGGUGGAGGCACUCGGGAUUCGGGUGGCCCAGAGGCGGAAAUAUCUCAGCAAGGCUUUCACAGAGAGAACUCAGUUUCUUCAGGGACUUGGGAGGGCAAUGACUUGGGUACAACAACAGGAGAGGAAAGCUUUGAUAGACGACCACAUCGCACUCCUCCCCGAAGCCUUAUCCAAACAGGCAGCUGUGUGUCGGGGCAUCCACAGCGGUCUUAGAUCCUACCAAAGAGAGCUGGCUUCCCUGUGGGUGCAAGGACGGGAGAUUGAAAGAGACGCCAGCGACAAAGAACGAGAAGAAACACUUGCCAAACUUGAAGAGCUGCAGGGGGUUUAUGAAAGCGCUCUCCUGAGAACCACCCAGCGUGUCACAGACCUGGACAAAGCUUUGAUAUCAAGGAAGUACUUUCAGGUUGACUUGAACAAGACUUGUCUUUGGCUGAGGGAAGCUGAUGCUGUCACUUUCCCUGAAGUCGACAUUAGCUCCAUCGAGGACUGCGCUGAGUUACAGACACAGCUGUCUAAAUAUCAGAGCAUCCUCGAUCAAGCUUCGGAGUAUGAAAACCUACUCCUUAUUGUCCAAAGAAUAGGCCAGGAGAUCCUUCCCACUCUGAACGAGAUCGAUCAUUGCUACCUAGAUGAGAGGCUGAAUGCGCUGCCUCAGCAGUAUAACAACAUUCUUGCUCUGGCCAAAGAGAAAAAGGACAGAGUCCAACAAAUGAUCAUGGAGAGAAAAGAGCUCAGCACUUUGUUUGAUGUUACUCGGAAUGCCCUGGAGGAGCUUCGAGAGCACUUUGACAAUCUUGAGAAGCAGACUAUCAAUAUCAAUACGGAGGAAUUUGCUUGUUUGAUUAAUGAGUACAGAAAUAUAAAUCAAAGUGUUCUUCAAAUCAGCCCUGCAGUGCGCGAACUGCACGGAAGAAAUGAAGCAUGUAGCAAUACUGGGAUGACUUGCAGCGCUGAGGACACACGUCAUCUGGUGGCUCUUUUUCAAACACUGAAAAGGAAACUGAAACAAAAGAUUCAAUAUUUAGAUGAUUCCUUAAAACCACUCGAAGAGCAUGUGAAAGUGGUUGCAAGGUUGGAUCAAGCUAUGGAGUUGUUCAAAGAAAAUCUGUCCAAACUUAACUCUAAUGGGGAAAUCAGUGCCAUGGAUAAAAUUUCGGAUCUUUAUUUGCUGCUUAAAAAUAUGGACUGUGCAACUUCACAGGCUGAAGAAUGUAUCAAACAGACCAAAAGCCUUCCUCUCAACUUCGACCGUGCUGCCUUUGACGAAAUUACCUCUCGCCUUGAAUCAUUGCAAUCGCUGAAAAGUUGCAUCAGGGACAGUGAAAAGAAGAUCGCCAAAUGUGAGCACUUGUCUGGGGAGAUCGGGAAAUGUUCUGAAUGGUUGCAGAACUGCAGAGACGCCUUGAUCAAGCCGUUGAUCAGAUCGGAGGUCAACGUUGAAAGAGUAUUUGAAGAGCAACAUGAGCUGAAUCUAUUGGAGGAAGAAGUGAGAAGUCGACUGGGUGUAGCAGAAUCGUUGUGGAAUGAAGAAGUGGAAAUGUUUAAUCGUAGAAAAGAAGCCAUUCCAGUACAAGUGGACGAAAAACUGCAAGAGCUGAGGGUUCUGGGAGAUGAAGUCCUCAAGGAAAUUACCAAAAAGCAGCUGGCCUUGGAUCAAGCUCAGUCUCUGGUGAGGAGCCACAACACAGCUUUGCAGUCGAUGCAGAAAUACUUGGACUCCGCUGAGGAUUUCCUCCAAGGCGCUCGCCCAGGAUUAGAGCUGCUUAAUGAAAGCGAUUCAGCGCGCCUAGAAGAAGUUUCAGCACAGGAAGAGAACUUUACUUCUGGAUUGGCGGAACUGAAUACAUUGCAACCUUCGCUGGUGCAUGUCUGUGACUCAGAAGCAAUAAAUAAACUCAAAGACAACAUUGAUGGGAUGCAACAAAAAUACAAGAAUAUCAAACAUCAGCUUGAUGCUUUCAGUGAGCAGCACAAAAGCUGUGCUGCUCGAUGGACCUCGUUCCAACAAGUGAAAGAAACACUUAAUGCACAGAUGACGAAUUUCGAGAACAAGUUGGCCAUGUUCCACUCAUCUAGAGCUUUAAGUUUACAGCAAGCUGUUGAGAAAUAUGAGAGAUACAAGUCUGUGGUGGCAAACAUAGAUCACCUUGAGUUCCCUUUAAAUGGCUUCAGAGAGGAAUCCGCAGAGUUGGAGCGGGUGACCUCUGAAUUCAGUGGUGCUGUCAUCAGCCACACUCUGUCUCUGCUCACGAAACGAUGGAAUAGGCUCCGCAGCGUGGCAGGGACGCAGGAGAGGGCGCUGGAGGACUCUGUAAUGGAGUGGAGGAACUUCUCUGAAAAGAUGCAGAAGGCGUACUCACUUUGCAAAGACCUCCACAGCCGAGUCCCAGACAGCACAGUUGAGAAGGCUGCCACUAGGGCGGCACUGCAAAGCCUCCUGGAGUACCAUGACUCUUUCACCCAGGAAGUGGAGAGGGAACAGUCCGUUCUUGCUCUGCUGAGGCAGCACUCCUGCAGCCUCAGAGGACACGACAGGGAGGAAGACUUGAUGAAGAGACACGCCGACAACAGACAUGAGGAGACACAAUCCAUGCAAGAGAUCCAAAACAUGCAGGAGCAGUAUGACAGCCUAUUAGUUUCAGUACGAGCCAGCAGGAGUCAGGUGCACCAGGAAUUGCGCGAGCGAGAGGAGGUAGAGAAGGAGCUGGGUUUGGUCAAAGGAUGGAUUCAGGACACUCGCGGACUGUUGCUGAGUCCUACGGCUGACCUGGACUCACUUCUUCAGGAGCUUGAGGUUGCUCAUGGUGAAGUCAUCAGCAGACGUCAGAGUGUAGAACGCAUGACGGAGUUACAGCAGUCCAAAUACGAGAACCUGCAGUCUGGAUUGCCAUCUGAGCUCAGCAUGCAGCUGGCCGAAGUGGCCCUUGCUCUGGGAUCUGCUGAAGAUCAGGUCCAGGCACGAGAGCGGGAAGUGCAACAGACCCGAGAUGUGAAAGAGGACUUCAACUCCAGACUCCAAGACAUUGAUGCGAAGCUGAAGAACAUCUCUCUGAAAUUGAAAAACAAGGCCGUGGACCUGGAGGAGGCCAAAGAAGACACUAAAACUCUUUGUGGAGAAUGCGAGUGCUGUGGUCACUCUCUGGCCGAGUUGGCAGCAGCUGUGCAGGAGUUCGGGGAGCAGAAUCCUCUCCUCUGCAAGCAGCUGGGGGAUGCUGUUGCCAAGCUAAGUGAGGUGCUGCGCCACACCACGCAGCAGGUCCAGGACAGAGCCAAUAAAGUGAAGAAGGCUGAGAAACAAAUGGAGGAGUAUCUAUCCUUGAAGGAAUAUAUCCUGGGCUGGACAGAAAAGGCAGAGGCUUUGGUCACUGGGAAUAUCAUUUGGAGUUCUGCCACUCAGCUUCAGGAGCAGAUUCGGGCACACCAGGCGUUGCUGCGGGAGUGCCGGGGUCUCCAUGGUGACUUGGAAGCCAUGGGGGAGAGGGAGGUGCAGCUGGGAGAGCUGUUGAGGAUGGAAUGCUGGAGCCAGCAGGUGAAACAACUCGGCAGACGCACAGAAGAGUUACACCAAACUGCAAAGACGCAUCUCCAGAAUCUGCAGGAUGCAGCCAAGGACAUGUCGCGUUUGGAGAUGGAGGUGAAGAGUCUUCAUGCUGCUGUGGAGCAGGUCCAAAUGACUCUGGCCUCUCCUGAUCUCAACAGACUCAGCUUAAGAGAGCAUCUCACCCAAAGACAGCGUCUGCUGGUGGAAAUGGAAGGUUUUAAACAGCAGGUGGCAGCAGUGCAGCAGUGCCAGAGCGCCCUCAGACUGCCAGAAGAGGUCCUGGCAAGUCUGCCUAUCUGCCGCACAGCUCAGACGCUGCAGCAAGACACCAGCCAACUGCAGCAUACAACCAUUCAACAGUGCAACAUCCUGCAGGAGGCCGUGGUGCAGUAUGAGCAAUAUGAGCAGGAAGUGAAGAACCUCCACACAUUGAUUGAAGAAGCUCAUCGCAUCAUUCAGGACCGGCCUGUGGCCACCAGCAACAUUCAGGAGCUUCAGGCCCAGAUACAGCACCAUGAGGAGCUGGCCCUGAAGAUCCGAGGCUACCAGGAGCAGAUCGCCUCGCUUCAUUCCAAGUGCAAGAUGCUGACCGUGAAGGCCAAACAUGCCACGAUGCUGCUGACGGUCAGCGAGGUGGAGAGCCUGUCGGACGGCAUGGAUGAGCUGAGUGAUGAAGAGCUGCCCAGUGCCAUGCCAGCUGCCGGCCAUAGCUCCAAACAGCUUCCAGCACACCCCUCUGUUGUCAUGAUGACAGCAGGCCGCUGCCACACUCUUCUCUCCCCUGUGACAGAGGAGUCAGGGGAGGAGGGCACCAACAGCGAGGUCUCCUCUCCCCCUGCCUGCCGCUCUCCCUCUCCAGGUGCUAUUGGUGACUCGCCUUUUAACCAGGGGCGAGGUAAUCUAUGUCGAGCACCACUGCAGGAACUGUACGACCCCUCAUUGGAGAGCAGCGCUGCCACUCUCGAUGACCUGCAGAGAUCCUGGGAAACACUCAAGAAUGUGAUCAGUGAGAAGCAGAAGAAUCUGUAUGAAGCUCUGGAACGACAACAACAUUACCAAGAGUCUCUUCAGUCCAUCUCCACUAAGAUGGAAUCCAUAGAAGCGGCACUCAAUGAAGGUCUCGAGCCCAAUAAGACGCCUGAAAGCCAGAUGGCGGCACACCAGGCACUGAUGGACGAGAUCCUGAUGUUACAAGAUGAGAUCAGUAAGCUGCAGACGUGUUUCUCGGAGGAGCUGGCAGACAAUGACAGCGAGGGGGAGGCUGGUGACCAGCUGGCGCUCCAGUCCACGCUAACUGUGCUGGGAGAGCGGAUGGCUACCAUCAAAAUGAAGGCGUCUGGGAAACGGCAACUUCUUGAGGAGAAACUCAGUGAGCAACUGGAAGAGCAGCGGCAGGAGCAGGCUCUGCAGCGGUACCACAGUGAGGCAGAAGAGCUGGACCACUGGCUGCUCAGCACACGAGCUACUCUCAGCUCUGCCCUUCACCUUCAAAAUGAAGAUCUGGAUAUGGAGGAGCAGCUCAUUGACUGCCAGAACAUGCUUUUUGAGAUCGAGCGAAAGGUGUCUUAUUUGUCUGAGCUGUCGGUCAACAGCGAAAGUUUGCUGUUAGAGGGCCGGGCAGAAACGAAGGAAGAAGCAGAGCAGCUCACGCUCAAACUGCGCUCCUUAAAAGACAGCCUGCUGGAGCUGCAGCAGAUGUUGCAGGACAAGCAAGUGGAUAUUCAGGGUUCCCUGCAGGAACAGGAUGACAGUGAACCUGAUUCCACACUGUCCCAGAGCCCAAACGUCCAGGAUUGGCUCUCUCAGGCUCGCUCCUCUCGAACACAGCAGUAUCACGACAACCUGCUUCGACAGAGGGAGCUGCAGGAGCAUGUCGCUGAGCAGAAGAGGCUGCUCCAGUCUGUCGCUAGUGUUGGUGAAGAAUUGCUCAGCCAUCAUGCAACACCCAAUGGAGAGAGUGAGGCUGUUGGUGUGCUGUUGGAGACUGAGCUCAUGUCACCUCUGGAUCAGCUCCGGCAACGCUGGGAAAAUCUAAAUAAAGAUCAGAGCACAAAGCUGCAACUCUCACUUAACUCUCUCGAGCAGGACCAACUGAGUCCGAUUGUCCACCGCUCCCGACUGUCCAGUCCUAGCAUUGUGGUCAGAGGAGACUUUUCCACCCAAGACUGUCGCUCUCCAAGAGCUUUGUUUGAAGCAUGUAACCAGACUCUGGAAAUCAUUUCUCAAGAGGCAGGAGGCAACGACACCAAAAGGCCGCUGUCGUUCGGCGGGACCGCAGUCCAGCAGAACUUGUAUGCAGCUGUUUCAGCAGCCUCUUCCUGGCUGGAUGUUGCAGAAAACCAGCUGCUUUCUGGUCCUGUCCUGCUUUCUGAAAACAUGGAGACACAACUCACACAUCUAGAGGGCAUGAAUAAGCAGUUAAAGGACAUGACCAGGGAGGUGAACCAGUGCAGGGACCUGUUGGGUGGAGGAGCAGGCCGCCUAUGUGGAGGAGAGGACCAGGGCUUGAUGGAAGACACAAUAGAGGGACUGCAGGAGCGGAUGAGUCUCUUGGACUCUACACUUGAGCAACAUUGUGACACUAUGAGAGACAGUCUUCAAGAGCACUCAAACUUCCAGAACGAACUCAGAUUGCUGUUUGGAGCUCUGAGUGAAUGUAAACAUCAGCUGCUGCAGAAGAUGGCUGUGACGCUGGACAGGCCUGCUUCUAAACAUAUAGAGACAUUAUCAGAGGUUGAUGACAGUCUGAGGGAGCUUGAACAGAAAGUGACUGAGCUCAAGACCAAAGCAGAUGGAUUUCAGUCCGACCAAAUCUCUAACCAGGAGCUACACAAACUGCAGGAUGCCUAUGAUGAGCUGGUGCUGAUAGUGGGUUCACGCCGUAGCAGCCUGAACCAGGGCUUGUCUCUCAAAGCCCAGUAUGAAGCUGCACUUCAUGACCUAGCUGACCUGGUGGACACUGCUGAGGAGAAGAUGGCAGCUGACCAGAAAAUGACCGUUGCCUCUGUCAUUGAAGUUCAAAUGUUAUUGGACAAGCACAAAGAGUUUUUCCAGAGUAUGGAGUGUCACAUGACGCUGACACAAACAUUUUACAGCAAGGUGUCCGGACUGGUGUCCCAGAGGGAAACUCAUGCCAUGGAAGAGUCCAUUGCCUCCGCUCAGAGUGUGCUCAAGCAGGCACACAGGAGGGGGGUGGAGUUGGAAGGCAUUCUGGAGUCAUGGAGUCGACUCAUGGAAGACUACCAGGCUUUGUGCCGACAGCUGGAGGCUGUUGAGUGCAGCAUCCCAACUGUGGGUCUAGUAGAGGAGACUGAGGCGAGGCUGGUGGAAAGGAUUGGACUGUAUCAUCAUCUGAAGGCCAGUCUGACAGAGCAUCAACCCCAGCUGUACCAAGUCCUGGAGGAGGGCAAAAGGCUGCUUUUGUCUGUUGGUUGCUCUGAUUUAGAGAAUCAGCUGACUCAGCUUGGAGAACACUGGCUAUCGUCCACCACCAAGGUCAACAAGGAGUUACACAGACUUGACUCUACACUGAAGCACUGGAGCAGAUAUCAAAGUGAGUCAGCCGAGUUAAGUCAGUGGUUACGGUCAGCGCUGGACCAGCUAGAGUUCUGGACCACCCAGUCGGUUACUGUCCCUCAGGAGCUAGAGACCGUUAGAGACCACCUUCAUGCCUUCCUGGAAUUUUCCAAAGAGGUUGAUGCCAAAUCAUCCUUGCGUUCAUCAGUGUUGAGCACUGGGAACCAACUUUUACGCCUAAAGCGCGUGGACACAGCCGGUCUGAGGACAGCGCUGGGCAAUGUUGACACACAGUGGGCGGAGCUUCUGACUCAGAUUCCAGUUGUACAAGAGAAGCUUCACCAGCUUCAGAUGGAGAAGCUGGCAUCUCGACAUGCUAUCGCAGAGCUAAUGAGCUGGAUUUCUCUCAUGGAGAAUAUCAUUAAUGAAGAUAAAGAUAAGAUCAUGGCAGCUGUUGGUUCAGAGGUGGUCCAGAGCUAUUUGCAAAAGUAUAAGGGUUACCGCAUUGAUCUCACCUGCAAGCAGUUAACAGUGGACUUUGUGAAUCAGUCGGUGCUGCAGAUCAGCAGCCAAGACGUCGAAGGCAAGCGCAGGGAUAAAACAGACUUUGCGGAGAAGCUUGGAGCCAUGAACCGAAGGUGGCAGGUCCUGCAGGGACUCAUCUCUGAAAAGAUUCAGCUUUUAGAAGGAUUUUUGGAAGGUUGGUUGGAGCAUGAAAAUGGAGUUCAGGCCCUGAAAACAUGGCUAACUCUGCAGGAGGAAAAACUGAGGAAGAGACACAGGAUAGAGGAUGUAGCAUCAGUGCAGAACGCACUUAAAGAUUGUCAGGAGUUGGAAGAGUUGGUGAAGGAGAAGGAAAAGGAUCUUGAUAAAGUUGUGGAAAGAGGAAAUGCUCUUGUUCUGAACAAGAAAGAAGAUGCCUCUGUUGUAGUGAAAGAAACCCUGAAUGGCCUUCAUCAAGCCUGGACACACCUGGACCAAAUGAUCACACAGAUGAAGGUGAGCCUGCGGUCGGUGCUGGAACAGUGGACGCUGUACAGACGAGCUGCAGAUGAGAUCAACGGAUACCUGAUGGAGGGAAUGUACUCUGUGUCCCGGCUGCGGCUUCUCAACGGAUCUCUGGAGGCCGUGCAGCAACAGGUGGAAAGUCUUGAGAACCUGCAAGAAGAGAUGGAUAAGCAGGAGAGCAGUUUAAAAAAGUUUGGCUCCAUCACCCAGCAACUCCUAGCUGAGUGCCACCCAUCUGUGGCAGAAACACUCAACAAAGCCCUCCAGGAGGUCAACAUGAGGUGGAACCAUUUACUAGAGCAGAUCUCUGAGCAGCUCAGGAGCAGUAAGACCUUGUUGGGACUGUGGCAGCAGUAUAAAACAUCACACAGCCAGUGUGUCAUGGCAGUUCAGAGGCAGGAAAAUCAUGCCAAUCACCUCCUGAAAAGCAUGACAGACACAGACGUCACAGAAGAAGACAGCAGCCGCUGGAUAAAAGAUUGCGAUGAAUGUCUCACGGAGCAGGAUACAGUGACAGAGUCUCUGCAGCAGCUGCAGACAGUUGCCGACCAGCUGAAGAGUCAGAUCGACGCCACAUCAACAGCGACCCUCCAGUCAGAUCACUUGUCGCUGGCUCAUCGGCUCGAAACACUUGUGCACUCCCUCCAUAGGCAGAAGGAGGCACUACAGUCUGGGUCUCGAUCGUGUGAGCUCUUCAGAGAGCAGCUGGAAAUACUAAUCUGUGAGGCUGAGAAGGCUGAGAUGGUGCAGAAGGAGUCAGAUCCAGUUAUCUCCUCCUCACAAGGUGACAUUCAGGGCCGCAUGGAGAAACUGAAGGUCCAUUUGUUGAAGCUGAGCAGUCUGUCUCCAGAUUUGGACCGGGUCAAUGAGCUGAUGUACCGCUUGCCAGUCGGUGACACGGAUGUCAAACGGCUCCAGAGCUUGAACAGAGCCUGGGUUUCUCACUCUGCCCACCUCAGUGAGCGAUUCAGUAAAUUACAAGAGGUGCUACUGCAACAACAGACCUUUCUACAGAAGUGUGAGGCCUGGAAUGAUUUCCUGUCGCAGACUGAGCAGAAGUUGGCAGCAGAGAUCUCAGGGAACCACGAGAGUCUGCUGGAGCAGCAGAGAGACCACGAGUUGUUCCAGGCAGAGAUGUUCACACGGCAGCAGAUCCUCUAUUCUAUCAUCACUGAUGGACACAGCAUGCUCGACCAAGGUCAAGUUGACGACAGAGAUGACUUCAGUGUCAAACUGGCUUUGCUCGGCAACCAGUGGCAGGGCGUGGUGCGGCGGGCGCAGCAGCGGAGAGGCAUCAUCGACAGUCUGGUGCACCAGUGGCAGAACUACCAGGAGAUGUCAGAAAAGCUGCAGCGAUGGCUUCAGGAAGUGACCUCUGACCCCGACAUCCGCCAGCCAGGAGAACCAGUGCCACUGCAGGGAGCCAGAAACCAGCUGGAUCAAAUAAAGACUCCUCUAGUUAACCUGUACCCCCUCUGUCUGCUCUCCUUGUCUUCACUGCUGCAGCUGAAGGAGCGGGUGCUUCAGAGGCAGCAGGGGGGCUACAUCUUGACCGUGGAGACAGGCAGAAGUCUGCUGCUCACUGCUGAUGCCAAAGCUGAGUCCUCCCUCCAGACUGAGCUGAUGGAGAUCCAGGAUAAAUGGAGGCACGCCCACCACCGCUUGGAACAGCAGAGGCGGGAGAUGCACAGCCUGCUCAAGAACUGGGAGCGAUGUGAAAAAGGUAUAGAUGCAUCCCUGGAGAAACUCAGAGCCUUCAAGAGGAAACUCUCGGUCUCUCUGCCGGACCACCACGAGGAGCUGCACGCAGAGCAAAUCAGAUGCAAGGAGUUGGAGAGCAGUGUGGAGGGCUGGAGCGAUGACCUGGCUUCACUCCUCCUGCUGAGGGACUCCCUCGAAGGCGUCGUCAGUGCUGAUGACAUCACUGUUCUUCAGGAACGCCUGCAGCUUCUGAAGCGGCAGUGGGAGGAAGUCUGUCACCAGCUUUCUCUUCGCCGACAGCAAGUGAGUGAGAAGUUGAAUGAGUGGGCCGUGUUCAAUGAGAAGAACAAGGAGCUGUGUGAAUGGCUCACACAGAUGGAGAGCAAGGUCUCUCAAAAUGGAGACAUCAGCAUUGAGGAGAUGAUAGAGAAGCUGCGAAAGGAUUACCAGGAGGAGAUCAGUGUGGCGCAGGAGAACAAGCAGCAGCUGCAGGUUAUGGGUGAACGUUUGGCACGGGCCAGUCAAGACAGCAAGGCGGCCGAGAUUCAGCACAAACUCAGUAAAGUCAGCGAGCGCUGGCAGCACCUGCUGGACCUCAUCGCCGCCAGGGUGAAGAAGUUGCGGGAGACUCUGGUGGCGGUGCAGCAGUUGGAUAAAAACAUGAGCAGCCUGCGGUCCUGGUUGGCCCACAUCGAGACGGAGCUGUCCAGGCCCAUUGUCUACGACACCUGUGACGACCAGGAGAUCCAGAGGAAGCUCAACCAGCAGCAGGAGCUUCAGCGAGACAUCGAGAAGCACAGCACCGGUGUGGCAUCCGUGCUGAACCUGUGUGAGGUUCUGCUCCACGACUGUGACGCCUGCUCCACGGAGACGGAGUGCGACUCCAUCCAGCAGGCCACCCGAGGACUGGACCGGCGCUGGAGGAACAUCUGUGCCAUGUCCAUGGAGAGGAGGCUCAAGAUUGAGGAGACGUGGAGAUUGUGGCAGAAGUUCCUGGACGACUACUCGAGGUUUGAAGACUGGCUGAAGACCUCGGAGAGGACAGCAGCAUUGCCCAACUCCUCUGGUGUUCUCUACACUGUGGCCAAAGAAGAACUCAAGAAGUUUGAGGCCUUCCAACGUCAAGUGCAGGAGUGUCUGACGCAGCUGGAGCUGAUCAACAAGCAGUACCGCCGCCUGGCCCGAGAGAACCGCACCGAUUCGUCUUGUCAUCUCCGAGAAAUGGUGCAUGAUGGGAACAGGAGGUGGGACAACUUGCAGAGAAGGGUGGCUGCCAUUCUGCGCCGACUCAGGCAUUUCAUCAGUCAGAGAGAAGAGUUCGAGACGGCACGAGACAGCAUCCUGGUCUGGCUGACUGAGAUGGACCUGCAGCUGACCAACAUCGAGCACUUCUCGGAGUGCGACAUUCAGGCCAAGAUCAAACAGCUCCGGGCAUUCCAGCAGGAAAUCUACCUGAACACGGGGAAGAUCGAGCUGGUGUUCAAGCAGGGUGAAGCUCUGAUCGAGAAGAGUGAGCCUCUAGACGCAGCUGUGAUCGAGGAAGAGCUGGAGGAGCUGCAGAGGUACUACCAGGAGGUCUUUGGGCGCGUGGACAGAUACUACAAGAAGCUAACCAGACUCCCUUUGGCUGACGACGAGCUGGACGGCUCCGACAGAGAGUUCGACGUGGAAGAAGGUGGGGACCUGUCGGAGCUGCAGUGGAACAACUCCCCGGUGCCGAGGGCCUCCAGCCGGCCACCGUCUGGAGCCGCCACCAUGGUGCGGGCGGACCGCUCUGGACGGGAAACACCAGCGAGUGUGGACUCGAUCCCGCUGGAGUGGGAUCACGACUACGACCUGAGCAGAGAUCUGGAGAGCCCCGGGGGAAGAGGGCCCGCCGACAGAAACCGAGUGCACGAGGAGGACGAGUAUCUGAGGACGGCUGCCACAGUGUUGUCAGAUGUAGUUAUCCCAGAGAGCCCAGAGGCCUAUAUAAAACUGACCGAGAACACUUUGAAAUCCUCCUCUGGUGAACCCGGGCAGCUGGAGGCCAGUCUCAGGCAGCUGGACAAGGCUCUGGACGCAGGACGAUACCACCUUCAGCAGAGGGAGGAGGCCGCCAACCGGGCCAGUCCGGACCUGGACUCCACUUACAUGGGCUACAUGCGUCUGAUGGGAGAGUGUCGCGGCAGCAUCGAUGCAGUGAGGCGAGCGGAGGGCGAGCUGACCGAGGAUGAAGACGAGAGGCCGGGACUCAACAACCCCACCAGCUCGGAAACCCAGAACUCAGGUGUGAUCGAGCGCUGGGAGCUGAUCCAGGCUCAGUCUCUGAGUGAGAAGCACAGAGCCAAGCAGACCCUGCAGUGGCAGCAGCUGAUCUCAGACCUGCAGACCAUGAGGGCCUGGCUGGGUCACUCCGAGGCCGAGCUCAGUCAGCUGAGAGGACUCCGGGUCAGCACCGACAUCAACACCAUCCAGCAGAGAAUCAAGAAGCUGCGGGAGCUGCAGAAGGGUCUGGACGCCCACAAGUCGGAGGUUCUGUCCAUCAACCUGAGCAGCGCCGACUUCCUCCAGUCUGAACCGGACUCUGAGGAAGCCUGGGAGCUGAGGGACGGUCUGAAGGAGAUGAACUCUCGCUGGGACCGUCUGGGAGCUUCGCUGGAGGAGUGGAGGGAGGAGCUGCAGCAGGCCCUCAUGCAGUGUCAGGAGUUCCAUGAGAUGAGCCACGGCCUCCUGCUGUGGCUGGAGAACAUUGACCGCCGGAGGAACCAGGUGGUGCCGGUCGCUCCUAAUCUGGACCGUGAGACACUACGAGCCCAUCACAGAACUCUCUCUCAAAUCAAGUGCGAGCUCCUGGACUCCCAGCAGAGGGCGACAUCGCUGCAGGAGCUUUCCACUCAGCUGCUGGUCAGCGCCAAACCGCAGGCGCUGCAGGCGUCUGAGUCGGUGAAGCUUCAGGACAGCGAGUGUCUGGAGGCUCAGGAGAAAGUGCAUGUGAUCUGGAACAGGCUGCGGCUGCUGCUGAGGGAGGUCACCUCCGAUCUGGACGGGCUGGAGAGGAGGCUGGAGGCCUCGGACACCAAGCAGAGCUUCCUGCCUGUGUCAGUGGGAAAGUCUCUACCGUGCGGAUCAGCCGCUCCAGCGCUGGCGACCGUCGCUCAGAGCUGCAGACGACUGCCUCGAGGCAAAAGUAGUCAUGCCCACCCAGGACGCCCUGAGAGCGGCCCGCGCCACAGCCGGGGCAGAUCAGCCGGCGUCCCUGGAUGCGUUUCCUCCCGUUCUGACCUUCUGGACUCCUCCUCCUCAUCCUCCAAGAGUCCCUCCUACAUGCUGAGGGUUGUGCGGGCGGCGCUCCCCGUCCACCUCCUGCUGCUGCUCCUCAUCGGCCUGGCCUGCCUGGUUCCCAUGACCCAGGAGGACUACAGCUGCCACCACGCCAACAACUUCGCCCGCUCCUUCCACCCCAUGCUCCGCUACACCAACGGACCUCCGCCGAUAUGAGGAGCCGCCCUUUCACCUUGGAGGAGUUUGGUGAAUGUUUUGCUCUCACUCCUGUGACUCUCCCUCAUGUUGCACAGACUCUCACCUCAGCCCUUUAAACCCCCGACUCCAAAACAAAAAGACCUUCGCGGAGACGCUCCUUCCCGAUCCAAAUAUUCAGUGUUGUCUUUUUUAACUUAAAUAUUUUAUUUUUCAGCUGAAGCCAGCAUCAAUGAAAGAAGCACUAUUUAUAGAUGUCGGGAGCCAAAGUGGUCAGAGCUCAUUGUCCAAACUGGUGCUGCUAAUAUUUAUUAUCUUUGACCAGCUGAGCAAUCGCAGAGGCGUCUGGCAACGACGCGUCGUGGAUUCAAAUCUCCAACCUGGACCCGUCGCACUGACAUGAGCACCGUUCGGAGGUACUGCACUGACGCCUUUCAGCCAAGAUGGCCGACGUUAAGCUCACGCUCUUGUCGUCACUCUCAGUAUUUAGUCACGUGCUAGCGCUUGUUUUCAUGUGUUCAUCGACGCCGAAAAGCCUUUUGAGUGAGGCCCCUAUUUUUUUAUCCUUCGGUUGAAGCACCUGCUUUUAAAAGCCAAACAAUCACUGGUAGAAUAGACGACGUGCUUUGUAACGACUACUCUGGACAGAACCUGUAAAAAGUAAUGAACUAUUAAAAUGGUUAUUUAUGUAUGUACAGUUUGCUAAUGUCGACUCCAGGAAAACUUCCUUUGCAAAUAAACAUGAAUUAUUUAA